AUGGUAAAUUCAGAUUUAAUUAGUUUAUUAAUUUUUAUAUCACUUCCUUUUCUUAUAGACAAAGGACGUGAAUUCAUGAGACGGAGGGAAUUUAAUUUACAAAAACCUAAAAGGAAUAAAUCAAAAUUUGAUUAUUUCGUAAUAAUUUUAUUAUUAAGUAAUAGUUUGUUACAAACUUACUUUGUAAUAUUUUCGAAAUCACCAAAUAUAUAUAGAGAUACUGGAGUCCCCUUAAAAAUGUCAACAAGCAUAUUAAGAACAAUUAUGGAAAAUAAUAAGACUACUUUUAAUGAUAAAGAACAAACCUUAUUAAAAAAAUUAGAAUCUUAUGAAAAUAGGUUAAUAUAUGUCACAUACGGAGAAGAAGCAUUACUUGAAUGUUCAUAUUGUUAUAGUUUAACAGAUUAUUUGAUGUUUAUUAUACCUAAUAUUGCUUGGUCUUACGUUAUUAUGGCAAGUAUACUUGGGAUAUCAACAAUGUUAAAACGCAAAUCACAUUGGAGAACUUAUGGAGUAAUUUGGUUGAUUGGUAGUGGAUUUUUAGAAUUAUACACUUUCUCAACAGUAGAUUUUUCUAAUCUCGAUAGUGGAGGGAAUAUAGAAUUUCUUUAUUGUACGAUAGAAUUUUAUAGGAGAUUAUCAUUUUCUGUAUUAUCGUUAGCAAUAUUGUUUUUUGACAAAAUAGAUGAAAGAAAUAAUUUUGAAAUAAUAACCGAUAUGAAAAGAACACUAGAAACGAUCAUUUAUAGAAGUAAAGCUUUAAACUUACAACGUACAAGUAUAUUAAGAGAUUCUAAUUUAAGAAGGUUAUUUGUUGAAUAUUAUAAGAGAGUUGAAAUGGAUGAUAGUACAAUUUCAUUAGAUCCUGAAUAUAAAGAAGCUAAAGAUAAAGCUUUAUCAAAAUUAAAUAUAGAAAAUUUGUUGAAAGAAGCCGAACUUUAUAUUGAUGAUAUUACUAAAUUGAAAGAGUUAGGAUCUGAUACUGAAUUAGCUGUUGGAAUACAAUCUACUUCUACAUCAAGUUAA